UGUGCGCUAGAACCAGAACACGGGGAAGUGGAAUCUCGUCCAGAAGUCUGCUUCUGAGGAGACUUUUGCUGCCAGCAGUUCGGACAGGGAACCAGAGCAGCAUUAUCCGCUAGUAUCAUAACUGCUGGAUAACAUUUCUCUGUUGCUUAAGCGUGACGAGUGAUGGCAGAGCGGCCUUUGACAGACUGGGACAGUGGUCUCUUUGACUGCUUUGAGGAUCCAGGCACUUGUUGCUAUGGUUUCUGGUGCUACCCUUUCCUCCAGUGUACAGUUACAGGAAGAUUUGGAGAGAACAGCUGCCUCCCUUUGUGUGACAUGUGUUACCGUCUUUACUUUGGAUCCUGUUGGGUACCUGUAAUUGUUCCUCCUGUUGCUUUGACUGUGAGGUCUUUAAUGCGGAAGGAAUAUGGCAUCAAGGGCUCUCUCGUUAGAGACAUAAUGGCUUCCUGUUGCUGUGUGUGGUGCUCCUGGUGUCAGAUGCACCGUGAGCUAAAACAUCGCAAGAAAACUCCCGUCAUCAUCAACACGCAGCACCAAACUGUUGUCAUGCAGCCUGCUCCGAUUUUGAUAGCUCCUUCAUAUUCUCCUCCAGUUGAUGUUGUCCAGAAGGGAGAUGUUCAGGCUCAGUAAUGACGUGUGGCUUUGGAGUUUUUUCUCAGUUCUUGCCACUCUGUUCUUUUGCUUGCCUUAUCUAUGUCAGUUGAUUACGGCUCGCCCUGACCGUUUCACACUUACUCGUUCUUGAACACCCCUGUGUAUUUAAACCCUUUGUUUAUGACAGUUUUCAGAUCCUUUCCAUGUUUUUCAGUUUUCUAGGUCCAAAUAAAGCAAGUUCAGUUUG